AGCCAAUUGGAGUUAACCCGGAAGCACCCAUUGGUCUCUCGUUUAUUUCUUUUCUGCAAAUCUUAGCUAAUUAUUGUUUAAUAUGGACUCGAGCGUGGUGAAAGAUCCGCGUGUUAACCGGAGAAGAAAGAGAGAGGACCCUGAGGAUACAGUGGGAAAGAUCACGAAAACAGAAACUGGAUCUGAGUCCUGCUUCGAUGAGUCAGAGGAUCAGAGAAGUGUCCACGAAGUCAUAACCUUCAAACCGUCUCAUCUAUCAGCUCAGCACUAUGAUCAGGACACAACUGAGCCCAUCAGCUAUGCCUUGAAAUCUUUGGAUGAGCUGCUUUCCUGGAAGUGCAGCAACGCGAAUCCAUUCAACAUGGCCACCAUCCCUUUGGUGAAAAGAUGGCCGUCACUGAAAGACUCUCAGAUGAGGACACUCAUCUGUCAUGACAUGAUGGGAGGAUACUUGGAGGACAGGUUUAUUCAAGGUACAGAGGUGGACACACCCUAUUUGUUCUAUCACUGGAAAUAUAUCGACAUCUUCAACUACUUCAGCCAUCAUAUGGUGACCAUCCCUCCUGCCAUGUGGACCAAUGCUGCUCAUAAACACGGCGUGCUCUCACUAGGAACGUUCAUCACGGAGUGGACGGAUGGAGGGAAGAUGUGUGAGGUUUUCCUGGCCGGAGAGGAACAGUAUCACUCAGUUGCUGAUAAACUGGUGCAGAUUGCCCACUGUUACGGGUUCGACGGCUGGCUCAUAAACAUAGAGAAUGUGCUGAGUGAAGGUUCUGUGAAACACAUGGCUCCGUUCCUGCGCUACCUCACCGAGCAGAUGCAUGAGCAAGUUCCGGGCAGUUUGGUGAUCUGGUACGAUAGCGUUCUGGAGGACGGCACUCUGAAAUGGCAAAACCAACUCAACAACAGCAACAGAGUGUUUUUUGAUGCGUGUGAUGGCAUUUUCACCAACUAUAACUGGACGGAGAGCAGUCUGGAGGAUAUGGCGUCCGAUCCCGCAGCACAGGGGCGUCUGGCCGAUAUUUACGUCGGCAUCGAUGUGUUCGCAAGAGGAGAUGUAGUGGGAGGAAAGUUUGAAACGAAUAAGGCUCUUGAGCUGGUGCGUAAACACAGACUUUCUACAGCCAUUUUUGCUCCUGGUUGGGUUUACGAGUGCCACGACAAAGUGGAUUUCCGCAAGAACCAGGACAAAUUUUGGGGCUUGUUAUCAGACUUGCUCUACAUUCACCAUCCUGAGUGUCCUCUUCCCUUCGUCUCAUCUUUCUGUCAGGGUCAUGGAAAGAAUUUCUACUGGAGGGGGAAGGUAGAGCAGGACAGAACCUGGAUGAAUCUGAGUGCUCAGGAGCUGCAGCCUCUCUAUGUGAUGGAGAAUUUGGAGGGAGGAGGCUGGUUUCAGACUCGAGGCUGCUCAGAGGAAGUGUGGACUGGAGGGAGUUCACUACUGCUGGAGGGGACCAUGCCAAAAUCCCUGUCCAAAAUCUGUGCCAGGAUAUUUUCACUCCAUGUGCCACUGGCCUCAAGGAUGUUCAUCUCAUGCGUCUAUCAGCUGUCAGACAGAGUGACUAUUUCUUUAGAGCUCAAAACCACAGACGCUGCUCUCUGCACACGCACAGGGAGUGAGGAGAUGCCGAGUGAGUUCAGUAACGUGAUUCCAGUGGGGUUGGAUGAAGAUCAUGAGCUGGUUAAGCAGUUCACUCAACGGUGUGGAGGAGAGCAGAAAGCAAAUGGCUGGAUUACCAGGUGUUUCCUUCUGGAGGUGACCGGUUGUGCCCUCAGAGACGUGUGUGUCAGUGUGUCUCGAAAAGAAGCAGAAUCACAGGAUCUUCCUUUUCACUGUAGGAUUGGAGAGAUCAUGCUGUUAGAUGCAGAGAGUCUCUUCACCCCUCUGUUGCCCAUCCAGAAGAUGUCUGUGUCUGAUGUGGUGUGGCAUAAAGGAGAUGUUGAUGUAAAUGGAAAAGCUACAACGCUCUUUCUGAACGCUACUCUACACUGGAGCUACCCGACCCAACUGGUACGAUAUUUCCGUGUGCUUUGGCGUCACGUACGAGGUCCGGACCCGCGAGUUGGGCCUGGAGCGGCCGUUCUUAUCGGCCGGUCAUAUUCACCGCAGUACCGUGUGAUCGAGCUCGAGGUUGAGCACGCGGCUGGAGUGAUGGAGCUGCUGGUGGAGCCGGUGAGCAGAGAAGGCUUCAGGUUGCCCGAGUCGCACUGGGGGAGACGGACACUGAGCUAUACCCACGCCGGUGAUAUAUAAACAUACACAUGCUGUAUAGUGCAGAUGCUCCAUACUGUAUUUUAAAUAUAAAACAACUUUGAAUGUGAGAAAAAGGAUACAUAAAUAACAAUUUUCAGGGAUUUUUGUAUUAUAUUCCUUCUGUAUUAUUUUGUGUGACUUUUUCCUCGAAAAUCAAUGGCUACGUAUUUAAAAACUAAAUACGUAAAUAAAUUGGCACCCUCUCCAGCUCUCUGCAUAUUUAUCAGUAAUUAUCAGUAAACAGACCCCCGGUGUUUAUUAACAUUGACUGACUGACUGAGAUUUGCAAAAGGAGUCAGCAAGUAACGUAAUGUUGGGUCUGAGUCCAGUUUGGCCGAGUUCGCGUCGAGACCAAGUCCUUAACCAAUCGAGUCCAAAAACGGCCGAGUCCGAGUUCCUUAAUGGUCGAGUCCAGAAAGUAAUUAAAUUGAAAAAAAGAUUUGAAAUUGCAAUUGUAAACUCAACACUGAGCUUUUAAAUUAAUAUUUUAACCUUCACAAACCAAUGGCAACAUACAUGUAACAAAAAGAAUACCACUAUUACAUCUUCCAUUGCCAUUUAAUAUCUGAAUGAAUGUUAUCAGCACCUCAGCUAGUUUCCGAUCAAAAAAUGGUUUCAAGGAAAAAAAAAAAAAAAAAAAAGGGAUAUAUGGGUAUAUGUAGAACUUCUAUUAUAUUACAAGUGUAUGAAAAAAACCAAAAUGAACCAGUUUUGUUAUUCUAUCACACUAUAUUGUGUCCUCCAGUGGAAGUUGACAUUACAAAUAUGAUACCGCUCCCCCACAGUUAUAUGGGCUUAGAGAGAGUACAGAGUAGAGUUACAUUUAGCAGCAUGCCAUAACAAGCUUAUAACAUUUUAGUACCGCUUUUAAUCUGUCUAUGAAUGACAACAAACUCAUUCCUGAACACAGCUAUGUUCAACUUUUUUCAUUCCUAAAAUAAAUAAAAAAAUCCCUAUCAGCAGGGUUUAUGAUAUUUACUA